AGAGGAAGCGGUUUUACCAGCACGUGAGCAUCUCCCAGGGAGAAGGAGGCUUUGAAAUAAACCUGGACCACCGAAAGCUGAAAACACCCCAGGCCAAGCUCUUCACUGUCCCCAGUGAGGCCUUGGCCAUUGCAGUGGCCACAGAGUGGGACUCCCAGAAAGACACCAUCAAGUUCUACACUAUGCACCUGACCACGCUGUGCAACACGGCGCUGGACAAUCCCACGCAGCGAGACAAAAUGCAGCUGAUCCGGGCGGCUGUCAAGUUCCUGGAGACUGACACUGUCUGCUAUCGCGUGGAGGAGCCAGCUGCCUUGGCAGAGCUGCAGAAGAAUGAAUGGGAUCCUAUUGUUGCCUGGGCUGAGAAAAGGUACAACGUGGUAAUUGGCUCCUCCACCAGCAUUUUGGGGCCAAAUAUCCCAGCCAGCACCAAGGAGACUUUCAUCAGCCAUCUGGCAUCCUACAACAUGUGGGCCCUGCAAGGGAUAGAAUAUAUAAUCACCCAGCUGAAAUCUCUGAUUCUGUCCAUGGGCCUGAUUGACAGGCACAUUACAGUAGAGAAAGCCGUGCUCCUGUCUCGCCUGGAGGAAGAGUACCAGAUUCAGCGGUGGGGCAACGUGGAAUGGGCCCAUGACUAUGAUCUGUGCGAGCUGCGCGCUCGCGCGGCAGCUGGGACCCUCUUUGUUCACCUCUGCUCAGAGAGCUCGACUGUAAAACACAAGCUGUUGCAGGAUUGAGGCUGCUGGGCUGGGCGCAGGAGGAAAAUGCCUGGCUGUGAAUUGCUGCUGGAUGGUAACCACCCUCCUGCCACCACAUUUUUCCUGGGAUCAGCCUUGUGCUGAGGAGCUGCGACUUUGUGGGCGACUCCUCGCUUGGACUGCUCGCUGCAGUGCAGCGCCAGCAGUUUUGAGCCCAGAAGGAGGAGGAAAGUCAAGGUGAGCUUCCUCUGCAUCCCCAAGACAGCAGCCCUGUCCAUUACCAGUGUCUGUAACUCAUCAGAGGAGCUUCCAUGAAAGAAACAGUUUCCUGGGCAGGGUGCGGCACAGACAUACCCAGCAUAUGCCACAUGUCUUCAUAGCUGCCAGCUCCUGACACACACUUGUUAUGGAAAUCUGAAAACAGACUCCAUUGCAUCUGUUCUUCAUCCCUCAGUGUGCCUGUAUGUAACACCAGGGUCCCUCUGUUUGAUUAAAGGCACGCCCCUGCUAGAUACUGAAAGCCAACG